GGUAAAUGCAGCCUUUGCCAAAUAUACUCCAGAUUACUGCGGAGACUCGCGGUGGACAAAGAGACGGGCUGUGCCUUUAAAUUGAUCAGAGUCUCCUCUCUCUGUAACAAUGAGGUUAAUUGCUCUCCUGUUGGCAUUGGGACUCCUGAACGUCACGCUGGCUCAGGACAGAGAUCCCUUCCACUGGCUUUCAUCCUUGCACAGUCGUGGUUACGCCUCCCUGCAGGCCGACAACACCGGUGGACAAUGUCCAGAUGAGUGCGACUGUCCUCCAACCUUCCCAACGGCCAUGUACUGUGACAACCGCAACAUGAAAAAAGUGCCUUACAUCCCGUCUCGGAUGAAGUACGUGUACCUGCAACACAAUGAGAUCACCUCUGUCCCAGACGAUGCUUUCGGUAAUGCCACCAACCUAGAGUGGGUCAUGUUGCACCAGAAUCACAUUAACUCGGUGGGCAAGGAUGCCUUUUCUAAACUGCCGAAUUUGAAUCGCCUGUACCUGAAUGACAACAACCUAACCGAGGUACCGGCCAACCUGCCCCGCUCGCUACGUGACCUUCGUCUCAAUCACAACAGGAUCGCCAAAGUGUCCACCAAUGCUUUCGAGGGGAUGGAGAACUUGACCAUCCUUCUGCUUCAUAACAACGGCCUGCAGGAUAUCAGCGGGGGCUUGAAAAGCCUCAAGUCUUUAACUCUGUUGGACGUGAGCAGUAAUCAGCUGAAGAAGAUUCCAGAUGGUCUUCCUGAGAUGCUUCACCAACUCUACCUAGAGUCAAACUCCAUCGACGCCAUUCCAGCAAACUUCCUUAACCAUUUUACCAACCUGGAGUAUGUUCGGUUUGGUCACAAUGACUUGACAGAUAAAGGUAUCCCGCAAAACACCUUUAACAUCAGCGGUCUUGUGGAGCUCGAUUUAUCCUUCAACAAGCUGGAGAGGAUUCCCAUUGUUAGUACCAGUCUGCAGCAUCUCUAUCUACAGGCCAAUCAGAUCAAAGAGUUUACACUGGGCAGUUUCUGCAGUGUGGUGGAUGUUAUGAACUUCUCCAAACUGAGGGUUUUGCGUCUGGAAGGGAAUGAAAUAAGUGCUGGAGAUAUGCCUGCUGAAGCUGCUCUGUGCCUUCGCCUCGCUUCUGAUAUUGCUGUGUAAUGUCACAUGUCAACCACCAGUGGGCUCUUUUACU